AUGGAUCAGUUAAGGGAUGAUCUUAUCCAGAUGAGAACUCAGGUUACUGCUCAGAUGGAUCAGUUCAUGGAAGUCAUGCAAGGCAUGGCUGAUCGCCAAGAAGAGCUCAGAAUCCGGAUGGACACAGUUGCUCAGGUUGUUGCGGACCCCCCGCAAAGAAAUUCUACUGAUAUCCGUGUCAAUGGUGAACCUGUGAACGGAGGACCUGGUGUAGUCCCUCCUACUGCUAAUCAAGGUAAUCCUCGUGGGCCUCCCCAGCCUACUCUUGAAGGACAAACUACACAACAAAUCAGAAGGGCUGCUGCUAUCCCCGUGUUGGAAGAGGACCGACACGAGGAUUUGUUUCCUGAAAGUGAAUGGGGAUUUCCACAUGAUGCUGGAAGGAUGUUUAGAGGUCUGGAGGAAAGGAUGGGGGCAAUGGAAGGCCAAGAACUGGGUAUGGAUAUCAAUGACUUGGGUUUAGUUCCUGGCGUCCGUGUGCCACCGAAAUUCAAGGUACCCGACUUUGAGAAAUACAAGGGGAAUACUUGUCCUAAGACGCAUGUCCGAGCUUACUAUCGCAAAAUGCAUGUGUACUCUGAGGAUGAAGGGUUAUUAAUGCACUUCUUUCAAGAUAGCCUGACUGGGGCAUCCUUGGAGUGGUAUAUGAGGUUGGAGAGAGCUAAUAUCCGAAGUUGGAGGGACCUAGUUGAUGCCUUCAUAAAGCAGUAUCAGUAUAAUGUUGACAUGGCACCAAAUCGCACUCAGUUACAGAAUCUAGCCCAGAAAGCUAAUGAGUCCUUCAAAGAAUAUGCGCAGAAAUGGCGCGAGUUGGCAGCUAGAGUCCAACCACCUAUGCUGGAAAGAGAGAUGAUGGACAUGUUCACCAACACCCUGGAGGGCCAGUACUACUCCGCCUGCUCUGCAUCCUCGAGUUUCGCCGAGUUGGUCAUGAUUGGUGAACGAAUUGAAAGUGGAAUUAAGGCUGGUAGAAUACAGAAUCCAUGUACUGCUAGUUCCUCCUCUGGGGCUGGUGGAAAGAAGCCAUACAAUCGUUUUGCCAAGAAGAGAGAAGGUGAGACUAGUGCUUCUUACUAUGGUGGGGGCAGAAAUCAGGCUUAUCAACAAGUAGCCGUUGUGACUAUACCAAAUGCUCCCUUCCAACAUCAACAACAAGGGUAUCCGCCGCGUCAGUAUCAGCAAAGGCCGAAAUUGCCAGAAAGGGCUUUUGAUCCGAUCCCGAUGACAUAUGCACAAGUAUUGCCAUACCUCCUCGAUUUGAAUUUGGUCCAAUUGAGGACUUUGGCCACUCCUGCUAAGUUGCCUGCCAGUUGGGAUGCCAAUGCAAGAUGUGAGUUCCACUCUGGGUCACCUGGACAUAAUAUUGAAAACUGUAAAGCAUUGAAGCAUAAAGUCCAGGAUCUUCUCGACUCUAAAGCCAUCGAGUUUACUCCUACUCAAGGACCUAAUAUUGUUCAGAAUCCUAUGCCUCCCCAUGGAGCGCAUGCGGCAAAUGCUAUUGAGGUUAUUGAAGAUACUCGUCUGGUCAAGGAUGUGAUCGAAUUGGGCUCUCUGUUGCCCUUAUUGAAGAAGGAAUUAUUGAAGAUGGGUCUAUACUCUGGUUGUGGAGAAUGUUGUAUUGACUGCAUGGCCAUUUCCUCAGUUUGUGAUAAGGUGAAAAGUGGUAUUCAACAGUUGAUAGAUAGUGGGUAUCUACAGUUUGAGCAUGUGCGACAUCCUAAAAUGUUUGAAAACGAAGUUAAUGUGGCAUCCAUCCCGUAUACUCCUGCCAAGAUUCCAAUUCCUGCCAGAGCACCUCCUUUGGUUAUUACACUUCCUGGUCCCGUCCCAUAUAACAGUGAAAAAGCAAUCCCAUGGAAUUAUGGGGGAGAAGUUUUCUACCAAGGUGCCAAGUAUGAGGUUAAAGAGCCGGUGGAGAAAGAAGAUGUUGAUAAUGUCGUGGGCAUUGGAAGAAUGACGAGAAGUGGCCGUAUUUUCAAUCCUCCCUAG